AUGUCAGCUCUCUCGAACGGCGUCCUCCACCGAACGGACAACAGCAGCCAUGCUGUAGCACCUCGACGUCUCCAGAAUGCCGCCAGCGAGGCCGAGAUCCGCGCGACGCUCGCAGCCCUUCAUGAGCGCGAAUCGACCAUAACCGCGAGGCUCGAUGCGCUGAUCGAGUCGCAGGCCGACCUAUCACGAGACUUGGGCAGGCUGGAUCUCCUGCGGGCCGGGCUCGGCGCGCAAGUCAUUGCUGCGCGCUCAAUCAGCAAUGAGAUGCUCUCUGGAGCAGCAGACACGGCCGGGCGGCUCAGUAACCGGGUCAAGGAGCUGGAUCUGGAGAAGAGCCGCGUGGAGGAUACGCUGGGAGUCGUGGAGCAGGUGGCAGAGCUCAAGGCAUGCGUCAAUGGCGUGGUUGGCUCCAUGGGAGCGCCGCAAGACUGGGAAGCGGCCGCAGGCUACAUCGCCCGAGCGAGCAAGAUCCCAGAAGAGAUAACGAAGGGAGCCUUUGCCGCCAACAUCGUGCCCAGCGUCGAGGUCCCUGAUGCUCCAUGGAUAACGCUGGAGAAUGCCAAAGAGAGCCUGUGCGGCCUCUUCUUGCGUGAGUUUGAGAAGGCGGCUGCCGAAGGAGACGGCGCCAAAGUAACGAGGUUUUUCAAGCUGUUUCCUCUCAUUGGGAGAGCGGAUGUGGGAUUGGAUGUAUACGGGAAAUACGUGUGCCAGGGAGUUGCGGGCACGGCACGAGCGACGCUGAAGGACGGCAUGGCGGGCCAGAACCGCAAAGAGGGCAUCAUCUAUGCCAAUUCACUUACGAGGCUCUUCCAACACAUCGCACAGAUCGUUGAGGGCCAUGGAGGAUUGGUCGAGAGGCACUAUGGCACUGGGAAGAUGGUUCGCGUCAUCGAGAGGAUCCAGAUGGAGGCGGAUGUCCAGGGCGGCAUUAUCCUUGACACAUGGAGCGACGAGCGAGGAGUCGACAAAAAGCUGACGGAUGUAAAGAGUUAUCCGUUUUCAUUCUUAGUGCAGAGCUUCUUACCACAACCUCCUCGAGGGGGGAUCCCGAGACUGAAUUCGCCUGCGGCUGGCUUGGGCAACAACCCUCGCAACAGUGAGGACGAAGGUGUCAACAUGAAAGAAGUCGAUGGUUUGCUGCAUGAGAUUUCUGUUAUGCUUGCACAGUGGUCGUUUUACACUCGAUUCAUUUCGGCCAAAUCUAUGGAUGCAAUCGAUGAAGAUGUGCCUUUGAAGCUUGCAGAACUGCUCAUCAAGUCUAAACUAUACAGCAAGGUAUCUUCAAAGCUAAUAUCGCCUUACAACGUCAUGUCGACCUUCUUCUUUCGUCGGUCUGUUGAAAAGGCAUUUCAGCUGGACGAGUACCCUAGUGGCUUGUCAUUGAGUCUCCAUAGACCCGUUGAGGGCAACACCCCGUACAUAAUACUCGCUGUUGAUGAUGUCAUGUACAUUGUCAAUGCUGUGCUUCAGAGGUGCCUCUCUACCUCACAGAAAGACGUCGUUACUUCAGUCGUUCCAUCUGUUAGCCGGGUUCUAACUGGCGACUUUGUGGGUAUGAUACAGAGGAAAAUGCGCGACGAGUCGUAUCCCAAGGCCGCUGUGCAGGGCGGCUUCCCGCCAGAAGACAAGAUUAUACAAUUUAUCGUUCUGAUCAACAGCUUGGACAUGGCCAAUGAAUACCUGGUCAGAAUUAUCCACGGUCGCAUUGGCUCUCCAGAUGAAUCAGCACAACAUAAAGAAGAGGUUGAUGCUCAGUUGAAACAGUCAUUCCCAUUUGAUCGCGAUGUGACUGCUGUCAUUGGCGCUCUGCGCUCAUUAGAGACCGCCUUCCUCGGAAAGACAAAUGAGCUGUUGAACGAAGCGGUUCAAGUUCUAUUUAACCAAGUUGUUAAGCUACGCUUGAGGCCAGUCCUAAGCGAUACGUUCCGUGACGCCGACUACACACUUACAGAAGAAGACAUUGCAGAAAUUGCUCAAGAAAAUGACGAGUCGGAAGAGGUUGUCCUAGAUCAAGUGUCACGUCGCUUUGAACAUGGAUGGGAUCAGCUCAUGAAGGCCAUCGGCCGCAUCAUGACGCCAGGGACUUUCAGCAGCCUCAUGGACAUGACAGCCCGCUACCUCUCGCGAAUAUUGGAGAAGAGAAUUCUCGGCUACGGCGGAAGGACAAGCGCAUAUGGCGCAAUCCGGAUGGAGAGGGACUUCUCAGCUAUCGUGGAUGUCGUCUCUCGAGGAAAUUAUAGUGUAAAGGAGGUAUUUAGCAGAGUGAUGCAGCUGCUCAUGGUUGCAAAUAUGGAAGAUGACGAGUGGGAUGAGAUUAUGGUUCAAGAUGGAGAGGAUGGCAUCGACUGGGUUUUGACAGAGGAUGAAAAGCGAAGAGCAAGGAGUUUGGUGAGAGGAUAA